UCGCAAUUAUUGCGAGUGUUCACUCCGUGUGACACGAGCAGUCGCCAUUUUGAGGUAAUAUUGUGAAGUUUGCAGCAAUGCUUGGUAUGAAGGCAAUCGUAGUGCUCUGUCUGAUUGUGUACGAAGCGGGGCUGGUGCACGGCGAGCACGAGGUGAGCGUGCUGCGCGCCGUCAGCACCAGCAUCGGAGACACGCUGCUGGAGUGCCAGACCGAGCUAGAUAUCAAGAAUGAAGUAAUUCAAAGCUUUCUGAACUUCUGGGACCUAAAGAACCCCGCGGACAACAAGGAAUGGGGCUGUGCUCUUGACUGCGUCUUUCAAAAGAAUGCGUUUUUGACUCCAGAUGGCAAAACCGUGAUAUCGGCAAACGUGCGAGAAUUCUGUAAGGCAGCAGGAGCCGAUGAAUUGAUGUCGGUGCGGAUGGUAGACCUGUUUGAAAUGUGCAAGGACGGUGCGAAAAAGAUCAUAAGUAAAUGUGACAACGCCCUGGAGGUGACCAAGUGUUUCCGCCACGGCAUAGUGCAGCUGGAUUGGGCCCCGGAGCACAAUUUCUGGAACCGUACUCGGGAGCACCCUGACAACAUCCCGGUGCAAAGGACAGACAUAGUUAAGAUUCCUUUGCCGCAGAGACAUUCAUCAUUGAAUGUGUGGCGGAGACGAUUCGGUUACAGACGGCUCGCCUCUAUCUUAAGAAGAUCUUUUUGUUGAUAGAUUUCAUGAAUAAUAAAUGUUACAGGCGUCAA